AGAUAGGACCUGAAGGCACCAUGACGUGUCAUGUAGGCAGGUCUAGUCGCUGUCAGAUGAGAUUGUUCAGGCUCGUUGUGGAAAACUCUGGAAGUUUCUGCGCUCUUUAUAAAGAAAACUAUUGAGGGCUGCCCUCUGACCAGACACGCAACGCCUGAGGACGUGUAGUCCAAGUUGAGUAUCAGAUUGUAUCGGGCAUCUGAUGAACAGGCCGCUUGAUGGUGAAAAUGGGCAAAGACUAUUACGACGUUUUGGGAAUUAAGAGAGGAGCGUCGGAGGACGACAUAAAGAAAGCGUAUCGCAAACAGGCUUUGCGCUACCAUCCAGACAAAAACAAAUCACCGGGGGCUGAGGAGAAGUUCAAAGAAAUCGCUGAAGCCUACGACGUCUUGAGUGACCCAAAGAAAAAAGACAUCUACGACCGCUUUGGUGAAGAAGGUAGGUUUGAUCCGUGAAUUCUUACAGAGCCACAGAGUGAGACUGGGAAACACUGGGAAAAUACUGUGUAGUUGUGUCCAUAUAAGUCAAUGAGAAAAGAUGACGUACCAGCGUGAGCGAAACAAACACGGUUAUAUUAUGGAGCGUAAUGGCGCUCCCUGCUCUGCUCUGUCCUUCAUGUAAGGCUGGUUUCUGAGCCAGGACAGGACAGGCAGGCAUGUAUGCAGGGAGGGAAAACAUACCAAAAGUUCCCAAUCGUGCACGUAGAAUGAUUCUCAUCCUAUCUGGACAAAAGAGUCUAACAGGGGAGCUGGACGGGUGUACAUUUGAUGUUCGGAGGGGGGAAGGGAUGGGAGUACAGUGUUGCAUGUUUGGAUGGUGUGUCACUGAAGUCAGUGUUGAUUUUAUGGCGUGGAAACAUGACAGGUGGGGCGCUGUCACAAAAGCACUCCUCUGAAAUGCUUACCCUUUAUUUGGCAUACAUGCAUUAAAUAGAUAGGAUGAUGACUGAAAUAAAUGUGUGCACAGCGAUCAUCUGACUUAUUGAGAUGGGAAGUUUUUCUUAAACAGUGACCCGGGGCGUUACCAUGGUAACAACAUCAUUUGUCCUACCAGUCUGGGGGUUAGCAGCAGUGACCUCAUUUAAUACCCCAUGUGUAUGUACAUAUGAAUUAACUAAAACGUGGUAAUAACACGUAAAUGUAUGUUUACACCAUCGAACUACAAAUGGACGUCAUCUACCUCCUCUACCUCUGUGUGACGCCCCUUGGUGACAGGCUGCACUAUAGGUCAUAGAUCCUAUCUCCUCCAGCAAAUUGAAUGGAGCUGUCAACAAACUUUAAAUAUUAAUCACACGGAAUAUAAUUUUUCUCCCCCCGGUUGUGAUGUUGACGUGUAGUUAUUGUAAGACUGGUUUGUGCUCAAGUCCUCUUUUUAUUCCGUGCAGCUCCAUUUUUUAAAAGUUAUUAGGGGGUUCAUAUUUUCUAUGUUGACACUUGAUACAGCCUAUGGGUGUGCGAAGACUGCCUAAAUCAUCUGGAGGAUACGCUGUUUGAGCAGAGCGUCAUCACAGCGACUGUCCCACCAGACGCUACUGCGCAAAUGCUGUUUUCAGGAAAUAGAGAAAAUCCCAGAAAUACCAAGAGCAAUUCGGCUUCAAAGUCAUACCAUGAAUACUCCAUACUAUAUACAGUUUGUGAUUGAAAAACAAGGAUAUUUCUUUUUUUAUUUAGCAAUGUAUACCAGUGUUCAAAGCAUUUUAAAUCAGAUUAGCUUAAAAAAUAAACUUGCUCUAACUAAAAAAUGUACUCCAGCCUUGGUUUUUUGGACAUACUUGAAUUUUCAGCAUUUGUUAAACUGAGCCAUGUCUUAUUAGUUAUUCAUUCUAGUGGGUAGGUCAUAUGGGUAUUGUUCACUUUAUCAGGUUUUUUUUUUUAGUUGGUUGGAAAUACUUGAGCAAAAAGCUUGACAUCCACCACAACAGUUGCUGCUGUAGUAUUUUGUAGGUUUGUGACAUUUCCAUGUCGGUGUGUGUUCACAGUGAAGUGGGAGUUUUGAGAGCUUGAGAGGCAUUCUCUGAAAGCUGCAGUUAAAACAGAGCAAGGGAACAUGAGCAAGUUUCUCCUUUACAAAGAUCAGAGAACUAUUUUAUGAUCUUCUUUUGGAUCAUGUACUCUUUCUUUGUUUGGUCAGAAUUUACUAUGCAUGUGUUCAGACCUUAUGACCUCUGCCAAAGAGAAGGAGAGCCUGUGUAGAGUAGUUUCCGAGCACAUUGCAUUUAUUCCUGCUGCUUGUGUUGUUAAUGGAACAUAACAUGUUUCUUACUUCUUAGCCUCUCUUGCUUAAGCUUAAUGUGUUGAUUCUGACACGGAAAGUGUUGCUUUAAUGUCUGUAAGAUGGUAAAUUUAUAACUAGAAAGAAUAAAGGAACAAUUAGAGGUGAGACACUGUAGUUAUUAUAGUAGGAAGAACAUAUAAACACACUGUGUGUCAGUUGUGAAUUUUAUUAAUAGGGCAGUUACAUGAGAAGUUGAAUACAGGGUCAGUAAUAUAAAAUGAAAAAAAAAAAAAAAAAACAUGAGGUGACCCGAUUGUGUAGAUGAUUCACUUUUAGUCCAGAUGUAAGAAACUUUAAAGGUCAAAAGCAAAUAUACACCACACCUAUACCUGAAAGAGCCUGAACCAACUUGUUGUAUAGUGUCACUUUUUUUGUAUAGUGUUUGCCAUAACCGGCCAAAACCAGUUUUUACAUGUGCAUAUCAUAUCAGCUCUUAGCUUAUCUCUUUGACACACCCUAGGUUGGCCUUAAGUUAAACACUAUUAAGUCUUCUUUGUUUUUUAACCAGUGUCAACACAAGACCAUUUAUUUCCUUUUUCCACAACAGAUUAAAACAAAAAACACUUUAUCUCAAAGCUCCUGUGUACACUUUUUACCUAGUCAUGAAACAGGCUGAAAAGUGAGGCUCUUCAUGACCCACAAAAGCAAACAGUACUGAAGGGUGCUGCAGUUUUUAUGCAGUAUUUCUCCAUUCAUGCAAGGGGCAAGGUUUUAGAUAAGGCAACUUACAGCACAGUGAGGGAAACUCUUAUUUGUAGCUCUCCUUAGCAAAUAGUUGAAACAUCAUUCACAUGCACAUGGAAAGAUUAUUCAAAAGAUAAGAGGUAUUUUAUUUGUAUUUAUUUAUUUCUUUGAUUUGGACAAUGCACAUUGAUCAACCUAUCAGCAAAAGCGUCAAAAUAAAUAUGCUGGAGUUAGCACAGUUGCUAAAUUUCAUCCAUUGUCCUAAGGCAGGUAUCAUUAAAAACAACAUACAGACAAUGCACCAUGGCAGCUGGAUGAAACAUGUAGAGGUUUUACACAAAAAGUCAAUCUAUAUUCACAUAAAAUUUGGAAGUCCAUACACAAAGCAGAGAAGACAAAGAGGUUACCCAUGAGAGCAGGUCUGGCUUGUUUUCAACCACUGUUUCAGGGUCUUUUUAAAGGUAUUGUAGCUGACACAGUGAAGGCACCAAAACUGACACAAACAGAAAGUUCCUCACAGAAGCUUUAACAUUGAUAUGGUUAUAGGUUGUUGUCACUUGAACACAGAUUAAGUUUUCCUUUUAGAGGAUGAAAUGUUAAUCAAUUGUUUCUUCUGCUUAGGUCUGAAAGGCGGAGGUCCCUCCAGCGGUGGUGGUGGCGGCCCUGGUACUUUCAGUUACACCUUCCAAGGAGACCCUCAUGCCAUCUUUGAAGAGUUCUUUGGGGGCCGUAACCCCUUUGGGCAGUUCUUUGGUGGUCGCAAUGGAGGCAUGGAUGAGGACAUGGACACUGAUGACCCUUUCUCCCGCUUUGGGAUGGGAGCAGGUGGAAUGGGCGGGUUCCCCCGCUCCUUCAGCACUAAUAUGGGGGGAAUGGGUGGUCACAGCAGUGUUGUGAAGAAGCCGCAGGAUCCCCCUCUGGUUCAUGAUCUACGGGUGACCCUGGAGGAAGUUUUGUCAGGAUGCACCAAAAAGAUGAAGAUCUCACGCAAAAGGUUAAACCCUGACAGGCGGACAGUGAGGACAGAAGAAAAAAUUUUAGAGAUGCAGAUUAAGAGGGGGUGGAAAGAGGGCACAAAAAUUACAUUUCCCAAAGAAGGGGAUGAGACACCAACAAACAUUCCUGCUGACGUGGUGUUUGUGUUGAAAGACAAGCCACAUCCAACUUUCAAACGCGAUGGCUCUGACAUCGUUUACACCGCAAAGAUCUCACUUAGAGACGUAGGUUCACAUUUCAUUUCUUGUACAUUUGAAAAGCUUCUGGAUUAACAUAGACGUAUCGAGUUAAAUAAAUAUGCAGAAUUAAGUUCCUUUUACUUCUGACUCAUGUCUUUUUCCCCCUUGUUUUUUUAUAUUUCCCAUCAGGCCUUGUGUGGCUUCACAAUCAACGCUCCCACGUUGGAGGGAAGAACAGUUACCGUGACAUCAACAGAUAUUGUGCAGCCAGGGAUGAAAAGACGCAUCAGCGGCGAGGGUCUUCCCUACCCCAAACGGCCCGAUCGACGAGGGGACCUGAUAGUGGAGUAUGACGUGAAGUUCCCAGAGAGGCUCAGUCAGAGCGCCCGGGACACCAUUGCUCAGGUCCUCCCAAGAUCUUAGAGGAUACCACGUGAUUUAAGCAUCACUCAAGCUGCAAACUGUCAUUGCAAUCAUCACAUGAACAUUUGUGUGGAGUUCCCGAUUACACACCAGACGAGAGACUCAUGAGACAGAUUGCUCUGAGUGUAUGCUGUCAUCUUUUAUGUUAUAAAAACACCCCUGAAAAAUGCUUGUCAAGAGUUACUACAGGAUUUUACAGGCUUUAUUGUAAAUAAUGAACUUUAUAAGAUUAUAUUUUUUGCAGAUAGUUGUAUUAUUAUCAAAAGAAAUGCUGCACUGUGGGAGGUAUUGGUCCAUAUCCAAAGUUUGCAUAGAUAAAACACUUUAAAAAGUGUUUGCUGAUGGAUGCACAUGUUUCUGUAUUGAGAAACUUUUACUUUCUGAUGUAAGAAAAAGUUUUGUGUAUGUUUGAAUGACUGGAUUUUAAGUAAAGAUACAAUGGUGCUGUAAGAUUUGAUUAGUGGCCUCAGUGUUUUUCACCAAACAUUUUAAUCAUGAAAAG